AAGGGCGGUGGCGCAUCUCUUGGGCAUCGCUGAGCGAUUCGACGAUGGUGUCCACCUUGCAAUUGCUUUAAAGUGUGCGGGCCUUUUAUUUGAAACGGACACGACUUCUAAUUUAUUUGAGCGCCAUAAAAAUAUAGAAAAAUUGAACUUUGAGCUGUUGAUCUGCCAGUACGCGCGGCUCGUAGCUAGUGAUGACAUAACCACGUGCUUGCACUACCAGUUUUUAUUGCCCAGAUCCAAAUUUCUCGAGGAAGUCAAGCAAUUGAUCCAGACUCUCGAGUAUUCUGACCUUUGCAUUUUGUUUGGAGCCCCUUCUAAAGGCACCCCUGGAGUGUUGACUACGGAGUUUGGCCUCUCCUGGCGCGAAGUAGCUGACUUGCUUGUUCACUGCUCGGAGGAGGAAGCCACGGAAAAGACGCUCGCUAUAGCGGCCCUUGCAAGCCAUUACUUCCAACUCAGUGGGGAGGAAAAGCAGAUGCUAUUUUAUAAAAAAAAAACUUUACGACUUGUGACUGCCAUGUGCAACCGCGCGCUAGACGGAGAUCUGCUUAUAUUGGCGACCUAUCCCGGCGGCGCUUUGGAGCUCAGAGAGAAGAUUAAAGACGUAUUGUUUUUGGAUUCCUACCGGGACGACUAUUUUAAAGAGGAAUUUGAACUUUUGCUUUUCUAUGGCGAUGUGCUUCAGUUUUAUGAUCUUCACUUCAAGGGUCUGCACCACGAGGCUUAUGCGAAGUUCAAAUGUCUUGACCUGCAAGAUUGGGAGUUCUCUCGAAACGCAUUUAGAAAGUUUCCUAAUUUGAUUUUAGCGUUCAUGCGCACUCUCCAUUUUCUUUCCAGUAACAAUCCAAACCGCCUUUACCAAGAAAAGUUAAAUCAGGAAGUUAAAGAUCUUUUCGAGUACUGCACAACUGCCGAUGUUGAUCUUAGUAAAGUUGGUAGCACACUGGUCAGAUUAGAAAAUCAAAUUAACUGUAAAACUAAGAACUACUAA